CAAAAGAACGCUACGGAACUAAACAACUCAGUAAAAUCAGGCAGCCUAGAUUCUAAAAUAGAGGAACAACGUAAUCAACGCACUCAAAAAAUACGUCACCUAUGCAAAAACUGCUCCUGAAGGAGCCGGCAUGACUAGUGCGGUGUGUGUCGUGCAAGGGACACCACUUAGACGGAGACCCGGAGCAUCAUAUAGAUCGGAGACAGGGGUGCGCUCGACCAACUGCCCUUUACCUAAACCAAACCGACCCAAAAGGUAUCACAUCCCAUGGACGGGAGCCUGGCAGUGCGGCUCGGCACGAUACCUCAUGCCCACAGUGGAAAAUGGGGUCCGCGAUAAUGGGCUCGCUCACUACAACACUCUGUUGGAUUGGAUUGGAUCGAGUCCGUUGUUGCCUAUAAGACCUCUACCUUGUCCACGGACGUUCUUAUACCAGGUGCCUCGGGGUUUAAAAACGCCACGAGAUGCUUUCCAUUCAGGCAGAAAAUAAAGAUCAAGACACACAAGUUCCAUCCAAGCAUAUCUACACUUGAGCCGAUAUCAAUCAGUUGCAAAAUUCAGUUGCCUAUUACCACCUCUCUUAUCCCUUCUCGCCAAUCGUUCUAUGGGCCACCUAGGACUCGCUCACUUAUACUUGUCCGUUAUCAGAAAUAGCAAUAGCCAUGUUUGGUACUUGGAAGUACGAUCCUGAGACGGAUGAGGUCCAGAGCGUUCGCAAUGGCUUCGACCCUGUCACGGCCCGCUCCAGUUCCCACCAGGCAUGCGAUCGCUGUCAUGAGAAGAAGCUCAAGUGCAGUGGAGACAAGAAUGGCUGCGAACGAUGUCGGAGCAAUGGUCUCCGCUGCGAGUACACACGCUCCGGCUCCAAGUCUUCCAAGAAGAAGAGUAGUCCUCGCAAGUCCAACGACGGCGACAGUCCAUCGAGCUCAAGCUCCCGACGAGGGGGCAGCUCUUCCAAGCGCUCUAGCAAGCAUCACGGACACUCGUCUCGAAUAGUCACCUCGGGAGAGGAAGCAGGGGGUGUUCUGAGCCAGUUCGACUUCUCACAGCUCAGCCCUGAAGAUGGCUUCGACCUCAACUUGCUCUCGAGCGCUGAUCAGAGCGCUGGAGGCUAUGCCACGGCUGGACCCUCGGGAGACCAGUACAACAUGCAAGCCUAUGACACAAACUACCAACAGUGGGAUGCAUCAGGAUACUCGCAGGGCUACUCCAAUGAAGCCUGGGGCGGCGAGUAUGACCAGAGCGCUCACACCCAUGAUCCGCGAUACUAUCACAGCGGACGCUAGCCCUGGGGUAAGGCUGACUCGGGAAUAUCUUAACGACAUCAUGACGGAAAGUGUAUGAUUAAACUUUUUUCACUUCUCAUUAUACCCCGUUUUAAUACUGUUCCUUUUCUUUCUUUUGUUAGAGGCAUUGUUUAACAACCCAAUUUCAUGUUUAUUACACUUACAUAGAACACAACGCUUGGACGGACCGUCAUUCCUUCUGAUGGCAAGGCGUACACAAGCUAUGAAUAUCGAAUGUUUUGAUCUCUGAUGUUCGAUAUGACCUACCUGUUUCGGGUGAUGAUACUGUGGCGGAGCGCAAGAGCUAGAGCCCAAACCGAAACGUUUCGGCCCCAGAGCUAGGGGAAUAAGAAUAAUAAUAGAAAUCACGAACCGGAAUUAGCGUUUAUGCGUCUGUUGGUACGGGGAAAAGAUGACUUGUCCACUGCAUUGCAUGCUGACUCUCCUCG